GCUUACUUAGGAACUUAUACGCGACUCACUACUACUCCUAUAAACCCUCGCUUCUCAGCAACCACCCCUAUCGAUAUCAAGCUACUCGGAAGAUGGCCACGCAGACUAUCGCCGUGCUGAACGAUAGCGAGCUCAAGGACGGAGAGUUGAAAGAAGUGCCCUUUGGAGAGGAAGGAAAGGUUCUGUUGUCGAGGAUUGGCAAUGACGUCCACGCGACGAGUGCGUUCUGUACUCAUUAUGGCGCGCCUCUGGCAAAGGGUAUCCUUACAGGCGAUGGACGCGUAGUUUGCCCUUGGCACGGAGCCUGCUUCAAUGUAUGCACUGGUGACAUUGAGGACGCUCCUGCCCUUGACGGCAUACACUCCUUCAAAGCCGUCGUUAGGGACGGGAAGAUACAUGUCACAGCUGAUCCGAAACGGACUCUAAAAGCAAACAUGACCCGUCCCCAAGUUACAUCCGUGGAGGGUAGCGUUGCUCCUGGGAAUGGGGUCGUCAUCGUUGGAGGUGGUGCCGGUGCCAUCCAUACUGUUGAGAGUCUGAGAGAGAACUGCUACAAGGGAAACAUAACUAUCAUUAGCGCUGAGCGCUAUGCACCCAUUGAUAGGACGAAGAUGAGCAAAUCACUCAUGAACGAUCCUGCGAAGCUCGAGUGGAGAAGCGCGGCAGACCUCAAGAUUAAAUACAACACAAACCUGCGAGUCGGCACAACGGUGACUCAUGUAGACACAAAAUCAAAGGUCAUUACAACAGACAGCAAAGAGACUCUUUCGUAUGAUGCGCUUGUGCUUGCUCCCGGAGGCACACCUCGCAAACUUCCAGUUGAAGGAGCUAACCUCGGGAAUGUCUUCGUCCUUCGUACUGCGGAAAAUACUAAAGAUAUUGAUAAUGCUGCACAAAAGGGCAAACGUCUAGUGGUCAUUGGAAGUUCAUUCAUCAGUAUGGAAUUAGUGGUCGCAGUGGCGAAGCGUGAGCUUGCAUCUAUCGACGUAAUCGGCAUGGAAGAGUUCCCGUUCGAGUUGGUUCUCGGUAAGGAAGUUGGAAAAGGCUUCAUGCAGUAUCAUGAGUCGAAAGGCAUCAAAUUCCACAUGAGAUCCAAAGUUUCGAAAUUACUUCCUUCGGAAGCAGACCCGUCUGUUGUCGGUGCUGUCGUACUCGGCGACGGAGGUCCCACGCUCCCAGCAGACCUCGUUAUUAUGGGAGUCGGUGUUGCACCUGCAACUGGGUUCCUCAAGGACAGUGCCUUUUCUUUGGAGAGAGACGGUGGAGUACGCGUAGAUGAGUUUUUGAGGGUUGUGGGUCAGGGUGAUGGCGUGUAUGCGAUCGGUGACAUCGCCCACUUCCCACAGACCGAGACUUCAGAACCAAGGAGGAUCGAGCAUUGGAAUGUUGCAAGUAACCACGGCCGAGCAGUUGGCCGAGCUAUUGCAGGUAAACCUGAGCCAUUUGCGAAGAUCCCGAUUUUCUGGAGUGCACAGGGGCAACAACUUCGAUACUGUGGUCUUGGCCAUUCGUACGACGAUGCCUUCGUUCAGGGUAACCCUGCCGAGUUGAAUUUCGUGGCGUAUUAUUUCAAAGCUGGGAAGGUAGUUGCUGUUGCUAGCAUGCAACACGAUCCGAUAGUCUCGAAGGCAUCAGAGCUCAUGCGUCUUGGGGUGAUGCCUUCUGCUGACGAGAUCAAGUCCGGGGCGAAUAUUCUGGGCGUCGACAUCUCUUCUGCACAGUCAAAAGCCAAGUUCGCAUAAGCCAGUAUAAAUAAACACAUGUACUUCUGAAAGAGCAAACAGCAUAUUUUGAAGAAUGUAUAACAAUGGAGUUUCUAC